GUUGCUGGCUGUUCUUCUCCCAGAAAGUGGCAAUGCAAAGGCGGUCCAGGAACGCACUACAUUCCAACUAAUCCAGAUCUCAUUCUAUGCCAACCAAUCGUGGGCACAAAAUCAGGGCUCUGGUUGGCUGGGUGAGUUGCAGACUCAUGGCUGGGACAGUGAGUCGGGCACAAUACUUUUCCUGCACACCUGGUCCCGGGGCAACUUCAGCAAUGAGGAGCUGUUAGACCUGCAGCUGCUAUUUCGUUUCUACUUCAUUGGAUUAACUAAGGAGGUUCAAAACUACGCCAGUCAGUUACAGUUCAAAUAUCCCUUUAAUGUACAGGCAAGAGCUGGCUGUGAGCUUCACUCUGGUGAGAGCCUAAAAACCUUCCUCCAGGUGGCUUUUGAAGGAUCAAAUUUCAUGAGUCUCCGGGACACAACAUGUGUACCAUCUCCAGAGGGUGGGAGUCGGGCCCAGAAGGUCUGUGAUCUAGUCGAUCAGUAUGAAGGUAUCAAGGAAACAGCAAACAACCUCAUGAGAAACACUUGUCCCCGAUUUCUCUUGGGUCUCCUGGAUGCAGGGAAGAUGGAUCUUCAGAGACAAGUGAGGCCAGAGGCCUGGCUGUCCAGUAGCCCCACCCUGGAGUCUGGCCGACUGUUGCUGGUUUGUCACAUCUCUGGUUUCUACCCAAAGCCUAUUUGGGUGAUGUGGAUGCGAGGUGAACAGGAACAGCUGGGCACUAAGGAAGGCGAUAUUCUUCCGCAUGCUGAUGGGACAUGGUACCGUCGGGUGACCCUGGAUGUGGCAACGGAGGAGGCAUCUGGGCUGUCUUGUCGUGUGAGGCACAGCAGCCUGGGAGACCAGGACAUCAUCCUCUACUGGGGACACCGCCUUUCCAUGAACUGGAUCGCCUUGGCACUGGUAGUGCCCCUGGUGCUGCUGAUAGCUCUUGGGUUGUGGUGUAAGAAGCGCUGUUCAUAUCGGAAUAUUCCAUGAGAUGCCUCACUGUGUCUCCCCAAUGUUUGUGUAGCUGAGAUGUUCUUCUUUUCCUUUCAUUGUUGAAUGGAAAUAAUGUUGGGG